CACAGUGAGUAACUACUAGAAGAGUGUUGGAGAGUUCAAUCUAUACAGUUUUAGGAUGUUGCUUGAGCUCAGAAUGUCUUCCUUGGAUCAGAUGAAGCUGAUGGGCCUCAUUGAUCUUACUCUCAUACUGAUCCUGGCGUCGAAUUCAAAAGGUCAAAGCUGGAAUAUUAGUGUCACCAAAUCUAUCACCGCAACCCUGGGUUCAAACGUGACCAUAGAAUGUUCGUUUACUGUUCCGUCGAAACAACGCACUGAAAGUGUUCAGGUUUACUGGAAGAAGCCCGAGAGAAGCAACUUUAAUACAUUUGACAACGACCCCAAUGCGUUUGUUUUUCACCCGAAUGACACAUUGGUGCUGGAGAAGUACAGAGGAAAGACAAAGCUCAUCGGAAAUAAGAGCAAAGGAGACUGCUCCCUCAAGAUCUGUGACAUCACGGAUAAUGUACCAAACAUCUAUGUGAGAGUUAUCGCAAAGGGGGACAACUAUAGUUUUAAAGCUAAUUCUGUCUCCAUUUCUGUGUCCGGUGUUCCACCAGUCAAAUUGUCAGAUAUCCAUCAAAUAACUCCUACUUUGCAAACAUCAACAAUUUUCGCCACAGUGGGUACGAACCAGGAGACAAAACCACAAAGGCAUCUGGCCAUUUAUGGACCAGUUGUUGCAAUUCUGAUAAUUAUUGUUGUCGUUGGAGUCGUCGUUGGCAUUAAACACAAAAGGUCAAAAUCUGUUACCAGGGAAGAUUCUGGAUAUUAUGCAAAUUUUAGCCGAGAAAACCAAUUGAAAAGAGAAGUAACUUGCAAAAAACAAGAGCACAUAAAACUUUCCGAAGAGAAGGACAUUGAUGAUCCUGUCUACAUCAACCUUGAGGCCCCUCCAGGUCAGACGGGUCAAACUACGGAUCACACAGACAAUGUAUAUGGAAAUGUGGAUUAUUCAAAACAGUAGAAAAGCUGCUUCUCACAAAUAUAUUUGGAACUUCAUUUUAAAUGGUAUUUCUGUAUCCUGCAUGUGUGAACAUUGUUUUUGUUAUCACGAGUAAGAAAGGACUUACAGCAUCCAAAAGAUUUUAUGAGAUAAAGACGACAUGCCAUUAAAAAAAACAAAGUUACAGUUGGUCUUCUGUAUUUACCGGCUGAUGGUUGCCGAAAUUGGGAGAGGGCAUCCCCCUCAAUCUGAUAGGCCCACCACGAGACGACCAGAAGGAGACGAAUAACGACCACAAAGACCCCACUCAAGAGAUGAAAAAUGUCCACUGUGUACGACUGUUUGGUGUCUCUUUCCGUCUGGGUGUCCUGUGCGUCGAUGGGAGACAUGAUACAUGUCUGCUUCAGGGGCCAAUCUAUCAGUGACAAACAGAUGCCAUUUAUUAAUCGGAUGUAUCAUUACUUAUGAGAAUAUUAACGGUUUUUUAAUGUUUUAUCUUUUUUUUACAGUGAAUAUGUAACCAUUGAUAAUGGAAAGUUUAUUAUUGCUCACAACCAAGACUUCAAAUGUGUUUUCGCAAAUGAAUACUCAUUUUAUAAAUGUGCCCAAUGUGACCUGCUUGAUGUUCACCUUUGGGCUGGGCUCUUCCAAUUGUGAAACAGGAGAAGAUAUCAAGUAUUUAAUUUGCAAAACCUUAUGACUGUAGGUUUGUUUUCUAUGGAAUGUCUUCAUGUUAUCUACUAUUACAGCUACAACUUCACUUGACACCUUUUGGGUUCAGUGACAUGAUACGUUGCAGUGUUUUCUUGUCUUUCUCAAUAUGUUUGCCAAUUCACGUCCUGUGUCAUCACGGCAGGAGCUGAAACUUCUGUUUUCUUUUCUGAUUCAUUCUCCCAAUUAGAGAUUACGUCAUUAUUUGUAAUGCAAUUUUAUUUAGAACUAUAACAUAGAGUAAUAACUGUACCAAACAAUAAAAGGUUAACCGUG